CGUUACAGUUCUUGCCUCUUACUUCUGCGUUGCACAGAACCCGACGAGAAAACGCUCUGUGAACUGGGUCAGACUGCGUACGACGAAACCCUGGCCAAACAUCACCCCUGGGUCGUGCGAAAUGCUGUCACCGUGGCCUUCCAUGCCCUUCCUAACCGUCAGCAGUUUAUAGAAAAGAUGGUGGCAUCCCAACCAGCCGAAAGUCAGCUCACUACUGUUGACAUCUGUCGCAAUUUCCUCAUAAAGGAGGGCAUACCUGCUCUGAAGAAGGCCUAUGAUGUGACGGAGACCAUUUACAAGAAAUAUGACAUGUUGGAGCUGCCCUAG